GGGGAAAAGAAACAGAAGUCAUCAUCGAAGGAAAGCUAAGAAGAGCAAGCAACUUGUCUAUAGCGUGAAACCAACUACAAGGCAUCAUGAAGACACUCACUCUCCUCUCCAUCUGUGCUCUUCUGUCGGUGUGCUGGUCCAUGGGAGCUAUUGAACCAGAGGUUGUCGUGGACGAUGCUGCCGCCGACACAGCUGCCGACCCUGCGGCUGACCCUGCGGCCGACACUGCGGCUGCUGACCCCGCCGCCUCCAGUUCAUCCUCUUCCUCCUCCUCCGAAUCGUCCUCCCAGUCCGACUCCAACUCUUCCUCAGACUCUUCAGCGUCCGAUUCCAACUCCAGCUCCGACUCGUCCUCCUCCUCCUCCUCCUCCUCCUCCUCCUCCUCCUCUUCCUCCUCCUCCUCUUCUGAAUCUUCUUCCUCUGAGUCCUCCGAGUCCUCCUCAGCAUCCGACUCUUCUUCCUCUUCUUCUUCAUCCUCCUCAUCUUCAUCAGAGUCAGCCAGUGAUGAGGCAGCCGCACCCACAGCCGCAGCAGUUGAGGUGGUCAUGAAGAGAGACCUGGCCGCCGUUCUCCUGAGGAGAAGAAGAGCCCCAGCUGGAGAGCUCACCCUUCUGCAGAUGGAAAGCCUGAGAGAGGUGUGCGAGGUGAACGUCGGAUGCGACGAGAUGGCCGAGACUGCAGGCAUCGUCGCCGCGUACGUCGCCUACUACGGACCCGUCCCCUUCUAAGAUAAAGACUCCUCUUUCUUUCAUCCACAUGAGAACUGUUUUUUUUCCUAUCAUUUUGUAAUAGAAAGGUCCAACAACUCCCCUGAAUCCAGACAAGGAGCAGACAAACAAAAGAAAAAGAGAGAUGAAAAGGGUUUUGCCCAUGUUAUGAUGCUAGAUGGAGAUUUUUAUUAAUCCUUGCACAAGUGACCAGCUUUAAUGGUACUGUAUGAAAAAGGCCUCUUCCAGGCUUUCAGAGAGAGGCACAUGGAAACACAAGCCUGUGAAGUAUGUAGUAGUAGCCCAAACAAGAUUAAAUUAUUCUUUACGUCUGUAGUAUAAUGCAAUGAAUGGUGCUAAAAAUGCAGAUGUAUUGUAUCUUAAUGUAUUGAUGUUUUUAUGUUGUGCUUUAGUCUUACUUUAACUAGUAGUUCUAGUAAGUAGUGGAUGUAGUAAUGAGGUACUGUAGUUUUAGUAGUAGUGUAUUGGUAGUGGCAGUGUACAGUGUGUGUAAAAUGCACAUCAGUUAUCUGUAAUGACUGUAACCACAAAUUGCCUCUGGGUUUGAAAAUAAUAAAUUAUUUUGUUUUGUGGAAA